GCCAAAGUCCAAUUCGCAACAAGCCGUCCGAGCGCCCCUUCGGCUGUCCUUCCCUCCGCCCGCCGCCGAUUUAAGGGCCGCUCAGAGGAACUCCGGGCUCCAUUCGGAUCUUGGCUCCCUCCCCGCCUCCUCGGGAGCGGCUGGGGCGCAUGGAGAGGGCCGCGGCAGGCGCCGGCGCCAUGACGGCCCUGCACGCAGCUAAGCGGGCUCUGCGAGCGGAGCUGAAGCGGCGCCUCCGGGCGCUGAGCGAGGCUGAGAAGCUGCGCCAAUCGCGCCUGCUGGGGGCCCAGGUGGUCAAGCAUUCUAAGUAUCGUACAUCCUGCCGAAUCGCGGUCUUUCUGAGCAUGUCGGAUGAAGUCCAGACGGCAGAAAUAAUUAAGGACAUUUUUCAGCAAGGCAAGGAGUGUUUCAUUCCACAGUACAAGCUUUGCAGCAACCACAUGGACAUGGUAAAGCUGGCAUCCUAUGAAGAAAUUGCUUCCCUCCCCUUAACCUCCUGGAACAUUCAUCAGCCUGCUGAGAGCGAUGCCCGGGAAAAUGCCUUGUCUGUGGCAGAUGGUCUUGAUCUCAUCCUAAUGCCAGGACUGGGCUUUGACAAAACAGGCAACAGACUAGGAAGAGGAAAAGGGUACUAUGAUACAUACCUCGAAAGGUGUACCCACCACCCCAAAGGAAAACCUUACACCAUCGCCCUAGCUUUCAAAGAACAAAUUUGUGAUGUGGUCCCUGUGUCCGAAAAUGACAUGAAAGUUGAUGAAGUCCUUUUUGAACCCAACUAAACCAUGACAUUUUGGUGGCUAGGAUAGCCAGGGGAGGAAACCAAGCACUAGUCUCACAGAUGCCUACCCCCCAUUGGGCUGCUCACUGUCAGCUAAGCUGCCAUGGAGGUUGGGGGGGGUGUCA